UGUCAGCAGUGUGGAGAAAAUGCCCUCACAUUACAGCUGAAGGAGGCAUUGAUCUAGUGGCAGAAAUGAGUCUUUGCAGUACAUCUUGCCGGCAGUAGCGUCUCGUAGGGAGAGGUCUUUCAAGCUAAAUCCCCUACACCUCCUGUCCCCAUCCCACCACUCUCCUUCUUCUUCAACUUACCUGAGUGCUUCAACUACGCUCUGUUUGGUGACUACACUCUUCUGUGUCCCUCCUCUAGGAUGGCAGAGGCUGAACUGCAGAAACAGAGACUUCAAGCCAUAGCAGAUAAAAGGCAGAGGCAGAGAGAAAUCGAGAACAAACGACACCAGCUCGAGGACAAAAUACUUCAGCUGCAGCACCACAAGUCCAAAGCCAUGCGAGAAAGAUGGCUGCUGCAAGGAAUCCCUGCCUCAUCACCUGAAGAGGAGGAAGCAAGGACCAACCAGGUCCAGCUGGAUGAGAACAAGGCAAAGAAAUUGGAAGAAGCCAUUUGCAGACUCGAGGUGGAAAUAGAACAACUUGAGAGAGAGGAAUCCCAGAUUUCUGCCAAGGAGCAAAUCAUUCGGGAAAAGUUAAGGGAAGCAGAGAAAUCGAUUGAGGACCUGCAGAAGAGCUUCUCCAAACCUGAUGGGGCAGAUGCACUGAAUUACGAUUUUUCUCGGACUCCCGACCUUCCGACUCUCUGCUCACAAAGGAAGGAGGCGAUGAAGGGGGAAGACGGCACAGAGGAGGUGGCGGCAAUGUAUGCCAUGGAGGUCAGCGUAGAAAAGGACAAGCUAACGGGGGAAUCCAAGGUUCUCUCCACAACUCCCAUGGGUCCUGAGGGAGUUCACCAGAGAGGGGUUAAGGUGUACGACGAUGGCAACAAAGUUGUAUAUGAGGUACAUUCUGGAGAUGCGGUGGUGGAGAAUGGGGUUCAUCAUUUAACCACAUCAGCAGUGGACCGACUGAUAAACAAAGCAGGGAGAGCGAAUGUGGUCAGUAAAUGUGCAUCGGAAAGCAGUACUUCCCGGGACGAUUGCCGGAGUGGUGGGGAUAGCGGACUUAGAAAGGACAUGGUUGGGAAGGAAGCCCGGCUGAAGGCUGGCCAGGCGGGAAAGGAGGUGCAGCCGAUCCCUCCUGGGGAAGCUCCCAAGGCCAGCGCCGAACACCCAGUGACAAUGAUCUUCAUGGGGUAUCAGAACGUGGAGGAUCAGGAGGAAACCAACAAACUUCUGGGAUAUGACGGCACCAUCCAGGCUGAGCUGGUGCUGAUCGACGAAGACGACGAGAAGUCAUUGCGAGAGAAGACUGUCACGGACGUCUCGACAACGGAUGGCAACGCUGCGGAACUGGUGGCCGGCAAAUCCAUAACCGAGGCUUCUGAGACCCUCUCAGCAGAGGAGAACGAAGGGACGGACACUCGGAUGGAACCAGUCGCAGGGGCAGAGAUAAGCCACACCCAUCAAUCCAAAGAGUUGGUUCAGUCAACCGAGUUCGACAUCGCUGGGACACAACAGACCACGGUGAAGCCUGCAGCCAGGCUCCUGGAGGAUGGCACUAAACUGAGGAGGGACAAGAGCAGCGGAAACUCCAAUCAUCAGACGUCUGGGCAGGAGGACAGAAUGGAGGUGGACAACCAGCCGAGUGGUCCCAUGACCGUGAACACAGCCGUGUCCAAGGUUGUGACCUCGGAGUCCACACCCCUGGACAGCGAACCACUUUGCCAUGGCAACAAAGAGCACAACGGCAUCCAGAGCAAGCAUGAAUCACUGGACAGCGAUGUUGCGAAGGAGAUCAGGUACCUCGAUGAGGUCUUGGAAGCAAAUUGCUGUGACCCUGUUAUGGAGAACGGGUCGAAUGCACCGCCUUCUCCUGAGCCGUGCCCAGUCAUGGCAGACAGCCGAGUUCCUCCCAGUCCCGUGGCAGCAGACCCUGCGGAUUCACCCCUCACCAGGGAGGAGCCCGCUCUCACUGAGCAACAGGUGCAGGGCGACAGCGAGGUUAAGAUGAAUGGUCUUUCACCGAGCUGCCCUGAAGCAUCACCCAUUGCCAAUCAGAGCAGAGAGCAGACGGAAAAUUCCAGAAAGCCGUCCAGGGACGGUGAGCCGGUCAUCAUCCCCCUGAAGAAGGAGGCCAGGUUCGAGCUACGGGCUUACCACGAGGACAAAAAGCCCUCCAAGCUCUUUGUGGAGGACGAGAAAAGCAAAAGCUACAAGAUUAAGAAGAGCAGGGCUUCGGACGAGAUCGCGGAGCUGGAACGAGCCCGACUGGAGGUCAUCCGGAGCCAGGUGGUGAGGAAGAACCCGAGCAUCACAGAGAAGUGGAAGCCCCCCCAGGAGAAGUCCCUCGAGCAGCAGUUGGACCCAGAUAAGCUGGAAUCGCACAAGAAGUAUGCCGAGCGCAAGCAGAGGAAGCAGGGAGGCCACCUGUCCCCCGUCUCACCGAAGCAGAAAGCCCCUGUGUUUGUGCCACCAGAGCCUGUCAGCAUCAACAGGGAGGACAUCGUCACAGAGCAAAUUGACUUCUCUGCCGCCAGGAGGCAAUUCCUGCAGAUGGAGAGCGGGCCUGAGGUCACCACGCAUCAUGGACAGAGGCGGACGGGGAUUAUCAGAGGGGGCUCUGCACGACCGGCGCAGAAGCUGGCAGAGGCCCCCCGGAAGGAGCGGACGGCCGUUUCAGGUGGAGCGGCGGGGGCGAGUGGGGCUCAGGGGCAGCCGAUGCAGGUGAGUGUCAGCGAAGUGUCCCUCGUCAAGGUGUCCAAAGUAAGCAUCGUGCCUGAUGAUGGCGAGAGCAGGGAGGUGCCCUCACCCCCCUGUGAGAGAAAGCAGACAGGGGGGCUGUGCUUGGAGCAGCAACUGAUCAGCAGCAGUCUGAAGGAAGAGUUAGUCAGAAAGGCCAACGUAGAUGACGAAGGGUUUACCAGGGUCAGGGCUGUCUUGACAGUGCUGAACGAAGAUGGUGACAGUGACACCUCUGACCACUGCUUCAAGUGUGUAAGUCUCCCCACCACAGUAGAAGAGGUAGAUUCUGGUUUGGAUGACUUAUCCCUUCGAUCCCAGGACACGACGGUGAUGGAAACCCUGUCCAAUGAUUUCAGUAUUGACAACGUGAGUGACAGCGGCGCUUCAAAUGAGACGACAAAUGUGUCCCUGGACUAUUCUUUGGGUGGAUCUCAGGAAUUCUCUCAACCGCAGACGCCCCAGGCUCUCACACCCAGCGACAGGGAUGGAGAGGAGAGUCUUGACAAGAGGGAAGGAGGCCUGGGCCCACUCGGUGACGAGGAUUUAUACAGGCAGCGGUCCCCUCUGCCACUGGACACCGAGCAGCAGCUUCAAUACCAGGCAGAGAUAGUGGUGAAGAAUGCCAUACAGCUCGCCCUGGCACAGGAGACCAACACAGCUCCUGUGACAGGUGAAGGUGCUCUAAGUGAGCCUGAGUCGGAUUUGGUGAGUGAGCCAGCUGACAUUGCUCUGCCUGAACCACAGACUGGGCCGUCACCACCACCUCCAGUGCAGGACCAGAGACUCCACAUUCCAAAGAGUGAGGUAGAGGCAGAGCCAGACCACCACAAGGACCAUUGCCUCCCAUCUCCCACGGCAACGACCAGACCGAGCAGUACCACGGCAGUCGUCAGCAGCAACAGUGGUGCCAGCUCACAGCCCUCGUUAUACAGGCCGGAGUUCAGCCCCUUCAGUGACGUUGCCAGUUACUUGGAGCCCACAGACUAUUCCAGAACCAAUGUCUUUGUCAGCCAUUCACAGGAGCCGGAGGUCAUCGCCCAGUCUGGCCCCUUCAAGCUGCGCUCGCGCAGGCAGAAGACCCUGUCGAUGAUUGAGCAGGAGAUCAGGGCAGCCCAGGAUCGAGAGGAGGAGCUUCGCCGCCAGAGAGAAGUCCUGAAGACAGUGCAGACUCCCCGCAGGAGCUCGGGGCCCCAGACACCGUCACUGGCGUGUCCCCCCAGAGCAAAAGCCCCCGGGAAAAUGGAAAAAUCCAGUCCAGUGUCACCAGUGACAGAACGCCCAGUGCCCUCUCCACGGUCUGAACUCACACCUGUGGAUCAGCAAACUUCAGGACAGUCUCGUUCCAGAGGCCUGAUGGAGACAUUACUGGAAGACUAUGAAGUACAGAAGGUUAAGCGGCGAGAGAGGCGGGAUGAGCCCAAUAUGGAGUAAUUACUCAGCCUCGCCACAGAUGGGGAACCUGGGAAUGUACUGGAGGCGACCAGGGUGACCCGCCGAAAGAGCGCCAUGGCUUUGCGCUGGGAGGCUGGCAUUUAUGCCAACCAUGAGGAAAAGUAGCCAACUUCAUCACCACUACACAAAGGAAAGGUCAAGAGUAUCUUGUUCUGUUACAUUUCUUUUGUUUUUGCUGUUGUUGCUGAAGCACAGAUACAACGCGGCAUAUUUAUCCAUGCGAAGCCGUGCUGGGGCACACGGCAGAAACACCCACCUUUGCAAGUACGAUGAAUUGGUAAACGGAGAGGUUCUUUGUUCUCGGACAUAUCCCAGCUACUGCAAAAAAGAAAAGGAGACAAGGAUUGCCGGACAAUAACUGCAAAACCUGAAGAGCCAGUUACUUGUAUAUGUAUAAAUACUCCUCGCAUCCUUGUAUUUAAUUUUGCAUGGGCUAAGUUUAAUUCUCAGUCCCACAGAUUUCCACUGAUGUCAGCCUCCUUGUAAAUAACCAUGGUAAUGUAUUGCAAAAGCUUUUAUUUUAAUUAUAGCUCUCAUUUGCUUACUAACCUAAGAGGAAAUGUGGCUUAAGUGAUAUGCAACAUUGUGGUUAUCAGGGAGUUUUGUCCAUGCAGCAACUUUCAUUUAGCUGUGCUGGGUCAAGUCACACAUACCCACAGCGCGUCAAAACAACCUUCAUUCACUCUUUGAUACCUGCCCUUAAUUUAUACCGUUUGUAAUUUGCCAGAUUUGGCAAAGGCAAACAACUAAUCCAGACGCAAACCCUAUGAGCCACAGGAUUUGUUUAUUUAUUACGGCAUGUGGCGCUUGCCUUGAUCAGGAAUCAAUGGAAUAGUUGGACAAUGUUCUUUAUUACCACAGACUGGGGUGGCUAAGUGCAUGGAGGGGAAGUUGCCUCGGGAUUCAUUUGCCUUGAGGUUGACUUGUAGCCGAGGCACCAGAAGGAUAGCAGAUCAGAGAAACAGACUUUGUUUUGCAAACAUACAGGAAAAGUCAAACUAACCACUUACACAAAAGUAUCCAAAACCUUUUGAAAUGUCACUGCUGUCAAGCUCUGUCUCCUGGUCCGCUGCCUUCACAAAUGCCUAUACUUGAUUUCCAAUCAGAAUGUGUCUGUGCUGGGUGCAGUUUACUUACCAGCUGGUAACUUGGAAGGUGCUGGGCCAGACAACUUCAGAAAAGGCAGACUCUGGCAUUGUGCUGUGCCACACAGAUCAUAUUUGUGCGUAGUUUUAGUCAAAAGAGCCUUUGGCUCCUUCAGAAAGUGUAUUGCAUGUACCAAUCUGUUGUAUAAACACAAGAGAUUCUGCAGAGGCUGGAAAUCCAGAGCUACGCAUACAAAAUGCUGGAGGAAUUCAGCAGGUCAGGCAGCUUCUAUGGAGAGGAAUAAACAGUCAACAUUUUGGUCCAAGGAGAAGAAAUCUGAUAGGAGAGGACAGUGGAUCAUGGGAGGAAGAGAAGGGGGUGGAGCUCCAGAAGAGGUGACGAGAAGAGAAUGGGGAGGUGGGAGGGGAGAAAUUAUCAGAAGCUAGAGAAAUCUUUGUUCAUGCCGUCAGGUUGAAGGCUACCCAGAUGGAACAUGAGCUGUUGUGGUCUUUCGUGACAGUACAGGAGGCUGAUAUGUCAGAAUGGGAAUGGGAGGUCGAAUUGAAAUGGGUGCCCACCGUGAAAUCUCACCUUUUGAGUGGACAGACCGAGCAUGCUCGGCAAAGCAAUCCCCUCGUCUACGUUAGGUCUCAAAGGUUUUUUACUUCUUCAGCCCUUAAGCUCUUCAACCUAACACAUCCCAGUUCCUUAAUUCAUCCUACAUACUCCCUCAUCCGGUUUCACCUAUCACCUGCCACCUUGUACUCCUCCCCCUCCCCCCACCUUCUUAACAUGAUUUCUGUCCCCUUCCUUUCCAGUCCUGAUGAAGAGUCUCAGCUCGAAACAUGGACAGUUCAUUCCUCUCCGUUGAUGCUCCCUGAGUUACUCCAACAUUUUCUCUGUUUCUCCCAGUCUUUUUUUUAAUUUUCUUGAGUCUUAAAACAAAGUAGUGUAGUCAGUGAAGUAAGAGAGCAGAAAGUGCUGCUGUGUUAGUUGCAUGAAAUUGUUUUCUGCAGAUAACUGGUUAGAACAUGCAAAACAAUUGUGGUGUUUAUUCCUGUGUAUUUUUAUCAAUUAAAGAUUGUUCAGGGCUGACAGUUUGACUGCAACUUGGCUUCCUUUAACUCCAUGCUAAAGCGAAACCAUUAAACAGAUUAAUUAAUCCUUUAUUCAGUGUUAUGCAUCAUUAGCUCCUGUAUAGAAGAAUUGUGCCAGUAUUGAGACUUAAUGCUACGCAGCUUUUUGCCUUUUUAUGUGCAUGUGUCACGGAUGACAAGAGAGACAAUAUAAACACAGGCGGAAGCACAAAAAAGGAGUAGACAUUACCUCCUGGACUCCAACCCAGCUUUAAAAUGUUGAAUCCUCCUAAGAAAAGAAAAAUCUGUCCCAAUAUCAGCAGAUGGAUUUAGAAGUCUAUUACAAAUUAUAGGCCUGUUUUGUGUGUGUGUGUGGGUGUGUGUCUGUGCGCGUGCGUCUGUGUGUGUGUGUGUUCUAUGAAGAAGGUAAUUCAUCACUAAUCUAGAGGCAACAGAUUUGAUGGCCAAUAUGAUAAUAACAGUGUGAAGAACUAACCUUGAAGAUAAUAGGAGAUACUAACCUAUCAACAUACUUUGUAUUCUUAUAAAGAUCUGAAUUAUUACACAUUGAAAUUAUGCUGGUGUAGCUGUGAGUUCACCCAAGCAGUGAUGGUUUCUCUCAUUAUCCUACUAACCGGAUUCAGUAGUGUUUUUUUUCACGGGCCUGUGCAUGUUGAAUUAUUCGCUGUUCUACAGGCUGUUUGACACCAGUAAUGACUGCAGACUGACUGAUGAUUGACUUCUUAUUCAUUAUAAACUUCUUGUGCUGAAUGCCCCAUGUGGUCUUUGUGAGAUCUAUAUAAGCCGUUAGACCACACUCCUGCACAGCUGAAUUUGUGAAAUAUUAAUAGGUAUUAUUUUUGGUUGUAUUUGGAGUUGCUUGCUAACCAGGGUAGCUGUAGUUUUGGGCAGUUUCUUUAUAUAACCUCCCGCUGCCAAUACCCACCCUACUCCCUCAUUAUUGGUCACCCAAUAUGUCCCAGGUCCUGUUCAAAGUUUUCAGAGUACAUUUAUUAUCAAAGUACAUAUACAGUAUACAGCUCUGAGAUUUGUCCUUCCACAGGUAGCCACAAAAUAAAGAGAACCUGAUUAAAGAAAACGUCAAACACCCAAUGCAUGAAAAAAGAACAAAUCGUGCAAACAACACAGAAUAUUAAAAAUCAGACUGAUUCAGUGCAAAAAAAGUGUCACCAGAAACACUUGGACGAUUAACCACAUUGUCCUCCAGAAAGAGUCCACAGCCAAGGAGCAUGUACAGCGCUGAAGAUGUUAAACAUCAAGACGCAGAGUCCCACAAUUCAACCUUACGGAGUAGGGCCCAGGAUUCCUGCACUUUCCUCCGGAAGCAGCAAGACAGAGGCCAGUCAAACAGAGGUGGACGGUGCUGAAUGCCCACUUGCAUUUAGCGCUCGUCCUUGUCCACUUCAAUCUUGCUCAACACUUUAAUCAGCGAGGAGUAACGAAGCCGACCAUGGGUUUGCUUUUCCACCAUUAGGGUACGAAGCCACACGCUCUGCUCUCAACCUCGCCAAAUUCCCCAGGAGACAGCAAAAGUGCAAGAUCACUCAGUCGGCCCAAAAACAGAUCAUCUCAAUGGAAAUGACAGGCUGCAAUCAAUAGCAGUUCAGAAGCACAUUUAAAAGAAGAAGGAGUUGUUUCGUGAGCUGCCUGCAGGAUGUUGCCAUUGGUCACAGGCGUCAUCUUGAACAUCUUGAAUUGAGUAGCAAAAUGAUCUUAGCUACUUGAUUGGAUCGAUCUUAAAUCUGAACCUUAACUGUACAGCUGUCAGCCCAUCUCUGCUGUUUUUAUUACAAUUGAACACCAAGUGCAAAUUAAAAUGAAAAACCCACACAGUUCUUUUUCUCAAAUUACCAAAUUAUUUUGUUCCCAAAUUAUUUUGUGCUCAAAUAAUUUGAUUUUUUUUUUAAGAGGUUGAAAUAAAAUUGCGUGGGAUGGUCAGUCUUAUUUGGAAGCGAUGGCUGGUGAGGAUUUUAAACGUGCUAGUCAGCUAGAUAGUUUUUUAAUGUGGCAGCCAUUUGCUCUGCUUCGAGCUUGAAUGCAGGAAUGUUGUCAAGGGCAGCAUUAGAAAGUAAAGUCUAUUUCUCAGUACAAGAAGUAUGACAGUCAUGAGAUUUAGCAGUUGCUCUGUGUGGUUUCACUUCCUCAUCUAGUGGAAAUGCAAUGAUUCUGAAUUCUACUGACAAGGCCCUCAACUCCUCAGGGAAGGUCCGUCAUUAGGAACCCACUUUUGAGAUAGGUUAGCAUGGGUUAAUUUUGCUAAUGGUUAAUUGAGUUUUCCCUUUCUCUACCAAAAUGCAACAGAAAUGUCUGAAAAGUAUUUUUAGAGAGAAAUAAUUAACAAAAAUAUAAAAAAAAGAGUGCAGAGUUUAUAAAAACGUUGUAAUCUGGAGAAUCAUUACAAUGGUCAAAGCAACGACUUUACCCAGAAGAACAUCAGACGGCCCUGAUACUGUGUACAAAGACUGGCUCACAUUCCUUGGGUCAGCAUUCCAACGAGGGAUGCCAAUGUGAUCUAGCACCCUUCACCGACGCUCUACAGGCACAAAACCAAAUCGUACUGUACCACUGCAGCUGGGGAAUUUUAGUGCCAUUUAUCGACUACAGAAUUAGUACAACUAAUAAUGACCGGGAAAUUGCAUCUGGGCCACUAAUGACCCUUUACAGGGAAAGGAAAUCUGAAUCAAAUGCUACGCCACACCCGGAGCCCUGCACUUGACACGAUUACUAAUCAAUGGUCAAGGGAGCCAUUCAGUUCAAGUGCAGUUAAGAGUCGAGCACUGAAUACCAGCCUCGUCGGAUUCCAUGAAUGCAUGCAUGUAAAACAAAGCUAACAACAACAGUGUCUGUGCAAGUUGCUCCUGGCACUACAAGUCAUAAUGAUGACCAUACCCUUUAUGUAAAGAGGCAAACUCCAAUGAUUCUGAAUGUUUUUCCUAAACCUCAAGGGCUGAGAUAAAUGGAAAUGUCAGAAAUUUCCAACAACUCUUUGAGUGACUGGAGCGCCAGUGUAAGUGACACAGCUUGAUAUUUAUAGUACUCCACCAUGCAGGCGUUCUAAUUCUCUCACUACAAACUGAACUUGUCUCCCCAUAAAAGUCGGAGACCACGGUACAGUGUUCUCAGUGACAUUUUCACAUGGCUCUGCCCUAUUUGGAUGCAGUGUCUCCUUUGCACACAAAUACUGCCUCAGUUUGUAACAAGAAAGAAAGAUGUGGGUUAUGUUUAAUUCAUCAAGGGACUUGUAUUGCUGAGUUCCUCUGUGUGAGUGAACAUACUGGCAAGUUCAGCUCUCAGUCAGGAUCAAUAAUGCCAUCUUCUCAUUAAAAUAUAUAAAUACAUCCAAAUCAAGGGGGCACCAUGCCUCAACAUUUACAGCUUCGGAGACACAAAUCGGAGCCUGGUGCUAUCUGCAUUCAAUUUGUACAUUCAGCCCAUGAACUGUUUCUCCCGGGAACUCCACUUCCCUCCCACAUCCCAGAGACAUAUUGUAGGUUAACUAGAUUCUCCAAAUCACACCCGUCUGCAGUUGGUUAGCUAAAGGGUCAACUGACAAUUGAUGGACACUUGAGAGAGGAGUUGUUGCGGGGAAAUAAAGAAGGUGAAUGGGAAUGAUGGGACAGUAUGGUUGGAAGCCACUGGGCUAAAUGGCCUCCUGUGUCAUAAUAAGUAAGAGAUUUAAUCUGAGUCAACAGCACAGAAAUGAAUCACUCAGCCCAAGUUUGUAACUCUACAUGUUGAUGUUGCUGCCUAACCCUUUGCAAAGAAGUAUUUCCUUCCAAAAUUCAGCCCCAUCAUGAAAAGAAAGGAAUGCAAAUUAAAUCAAACACCCAAUUCUCGUUUAAGAAAAUAAUUUACCAGAGGAAAAAAAGAAUCAAGAUUCUAUCUGAGGAUCCACUCCACUGCCAUCAGGAGUGAAAUUAAUAUGUAUGUCCCUGUGCUGUUCAUUGAAUUACGUAAAAAUUAACACGCUGAAACAGGCAAUUUAGCUCAACUAGUUAAUGGAGGUAGCAAUACUCCACAAAAAUACUCUUCCCACAUUACUUCAUCUCACCUUAUCACCAUAUCCUUUCUCUCUUUAAACACAUUUAAGCCUGUCACAUCAACUGCUUCAGGAUGACCGCGUGCCCUGCCUUCUAUUGUCCUUCAAUUCCUUCCUCAGUGCAAGAUCACUCUACCCCAUCAACUUUAGUACCAUUUCUUUCCUUCCACUCUGAACCACAGAAAUAGAUACACACUUUUGGGGCAAUUCAUUUCUGCUUACAAAGCUUAUACUACAGCAGGAGGGAACUAGGGCACAAUGUAAUAAGAUGGGUGUUAAUCAUUAGCUAUAUGUCUGUUAAGUUGACCACAAUGAUGGUAAAGGGUGGUAUAAUAUCUACAGUGACAAUCAAAAAUAUUGUAGAUGCUGGAAAUCUAAAGUAAAAAAAAGAAUAAUUCUCAGCAGGUCAGGCCACUUCUGAGGGAAGAGAAAUUUGUAAAGUUCAGUUGGAAAACCUUCAGAACUGUGAAGAAGGUGAAAGAAGCUGACUAAGCUAGGGGAGGUGUGGAAGUCUAUGAAAGGGUAAAACUGGGGUGACCAUAAGAUUAUCUGGACAAUGAGUGAAUGGGAGGAGUAAGUUAAUUAGAACAUUAGACAAAGGAUGUAAGUGUUGUGAAGUGCAGAGCAGGGGGGUGUGCCCAGCAGGUCAGGCUUCAGUCUUCAGCUUGAAAUGUUAAUUCUGUUUCUCUUCUCAUAGAUGCAGCCUGAUCUGCAUUUCUAGCAGUUUUAAAAAUCUCUAUUCAAUAUUUUGUGACAGGGAUGUAAAUGCAUAAAGGCCAUGUAAUAGCUCAAUUUACCACUCUUCUGUGUAAAUGAUAAAGUAGGAUAGAUGGGGCAGGUUAUAACAAUAUAAUUUAUUGAUAUGUAUACCAACAACUAUGCCACAAGGUCUGGAUAUACUGUAUGUCCUAGCAAAAAUGUUUAACUGAAGAAUAUAAGUGCUGCACAAUGUGAUGUGUUCACUAAAACAUGACCUGUUAUGAUAUAGGAUGCAUUACUAUGCAGGGUAUAUGUAUUAAUGUAGGAGACAUAUGACAAUAAUUAAAGUAUAAAGUUAUAAUAUAUGUAGUAAUGUAGUAUUCUUUGAAGUAGUAUAGAAUACAUGCUACAAUUUUAUGGUAAAUCUGAUUAUAUAUGGUAUAUGUGAUCAAUUUAGACUUAUGAAAUAAAGUAGGGCAUAUGUGAUGAAGCAAGGUGUGAGAUCAAGUGUUACAAUGGCCGCUCAGACAAAAGCAAUCUUCAGUCAGUCAGUCAAACUGGUAGGAGCUCCUGUUUGACCCAGAAUCUACAAUGUUUUCCCAUUGACUCUUUAACAUAAUUGGUGAGGCAGAUUGGUUGGAACAAUGCAGAUUUUUUUUUCUGUUGGUAAUGCCAAAGUAUUAAAACUUUAUUUUCUAGAUCUGUUGUUAUGAACUUUUAUUAUGUAGCUACUCAAACAAUGCCUAAACUUUAUGGAAUUAUAAAUAUAUUUUCAAGUGAAUAUUGGCUUGGUAUUUUUAUAAGAAGAACUCCAAUGGAGUGUCAAAGAUGUAUAUCACUAUGCAGAACAAUGUUGAAAUAAAAUCUGGCUUUGCUUAAUCUUG